AUGUUCGGACUCAUUUUCAUCAAAUUUUCAGCCGAAAAUCCAAUUUUCCCCAAAAUUCCCCCAAAACAUCCAAAUUUUCCAGGCAAGACCUCGAAACUUCACGAAGGUUCAGCCGGCGAAUGGUUCAUCAACACGGCGUUUGCCGGUCUCCGCCGCUGGGAUGCCCAAUAUUUUCUGUUCAUCGUUGACAAUGAUUAUUUGCUCGAAAAAUGUCUGGCAUUUUUUCCGGGAUUUGUGAUGGUUAUCAGGUGGGAUUUUGGGGGAUUUCCAUGAUUUUUGGUUUAAAAUUGACCCAAAAUUCGAUUUUCUGGCUCAAAAAUGACCCAAAAUUCGAUUUUCUGGCUCAAAAAUGACCCAAAAUUCGAUUUUCUGGCUCAAAAUUGAUUCAAUAUGUUUUCCAGAAUCUUCCGAAUGGCUGGCGAUCUUUGGUUGAAGGGAUUAUUCGGAAUUUCUCUCGAUCCCUACGUUGUUACCGGAUUUUUGGCCGUCGGGUUUAAUAUGGUGCGUUUUUUGGGAUUCUGGGAGUCUAGAGAGCUGAAAAUUUGAAUUCUGGGUGAUUUUUGGAUGCUGGAUGUGCAAAAUCUGGGUUCUUAAGCCAAAAAUUUGAAUUCUGGAUCAUUUUUUGACUAAAGUUGGGUUUAAGGCCCAUUUUGGGACCUUCGAGCCCUAGAAAUCUAGUUUUGGAGUCGAUUUUUGACUCCUAGAUCGAAAAAUUGGGUUUCUAGGCUCUCUGGACUUGAAAAUCGAAUUUUAGGCCAAAUUUCAACCCGAGAAACUUGAAAUUCUGGAUUCUAGGGCUUCCAAGCCUAAAAUCAAGGUUUCCGGACCUUAUUCAGGCCUGCGGGCUCAAAAUUUUGGAUUUCUAGACCAAUCUAAGCUUCGAAGUCGGAUUUCUCAUCAUAAAAUCAGCCUAGAAAUCAGAUUUCGGGGCCGCCUAGGCCUGAAAAAUUGAGCUAAGGGCCUCCGGGCUCAAAAAUCUGCCCCUCACAAUGUUAUUUUCUGAAUUUUCAGCUCUUCUUCUAUCUCACUGGUCUCGUCUUGUUCAUUUUAACAUAUCAAAUUUGUCGAUCAGUGAAGAUUGGAAUGUUGGCCGUAUCGAUUUUCGCCUACAAUCCGGCUUCGAUUUUUUUCAGUGCCGCCUAUUCGGAAUCGGUGAGUUUUUUUUUUGGCUGGAAUUUUUCUGAAAUCCAAAAAAAAAUCUGAAAACUCUUUUUUUCAAUCAAAAUUUUUGUAAAAAUCUGAAAGUUUAAAUUUUUUCAAAUUCGUUUUUGAACUGAAAAAUUCACUGUUUCAAGAAUUUUAUAAUAAAAAUUGAGAAAAUUUGAAAACAUUAAAAUUUUGAUUUUUUCAAUAAGUUUAAAUUUUAUCAAACAAAAAUUAACUGAAAAAUCUGAAUUUCACAGUCUGAAAUUUUAUUUUCAAAAAAUAUCUGAAAUUCUUUUUUCAAUCAAGAUUUUUGUAGAAAUCUGAAAAUUUCAAUUCAAAAUUAUGAAAUUCAAAAAAAUUUAAAAAUUUCAAAUUUUCUUGCUUAAAUUAACUGAAAAAUCUGAAAUUUACAGCCCGAAAUUUUAUUAUUUUGAACAAAAUCUGAAAAUCUUUUUUCAAUCAGGAUUUUUGUAAAAAUCUGAAAAUUUCAAUUUUUAACACAAAUUUAUCUGAAAAUCUGAAAAUCUUUUUUUUUUCAAACAAAAGUUCAAUACUUCAUUUCAAAUCCACAGUAAUCCUUGACUCCUCAACACUUUCCCUUGGCUGAAAUACAGUGUAGGCAACUUGCGGUUCCAAUUGAUUUUCGAUUUUCAAAAAACGCGUCAGAAUGAAAAAUGAGAACGGGAUGAAUAGGUUGAACUGGAUGUCUUGGGUGAAAAAACCUUGCCAGUAAUUUUUCUCUUCAAAUUUUUUGUGGCUCAUUAUUUCGCAGAACUGAAAAAACUCGUUGAACUGAUCAAAAUGCUAUAAAAAUGAGCUCCAGAACUUUAAGGGGAGCCCCAACGUUUCCAAUUUAGAGGUCGCGGGUUCGAGCCCACCCGGGAACUAUUUUUUUUACAAUUUUGAACUUUAAAAAAAAUUCAAAAAAAAAAAUUGAUAGCCCUGAAGGGGAUUCGAACCUGCGACCUCUAAAUUAGUAACACACAUAGAAAAUAAUGAAUUUUGAUUCAAAAAAUCGAUAAUUUCAGAGUUUUCCAGUUUCAAAAUAUUGAUUUUGAUUCAUCAUUAGAGCAGAUUCAAUUCACUGAAUUGAAAAAUCUUUGAUACUUAAUUAUAUCCAAAUUUUGAAACGUAUUUUUUUCGGGUUUUGAUUUUUUGUAUAGAAAAACAUUUUUAAAUAAAAAAAAGUCACCUAACGGAUUUGAACCCGUGACCUCUAGAUUAGAAACUAAAAUACCACAGGUGGUGGGAGAAAGUUGAAAAAUUGGUGCAUUUUUGGCCAAAAAACUUUUAAGUCAAAUUUUGGCCAAUUUUCGACCAAUUUUUGAUCAAAUCACUGUUUUGGCCAGAUUUUGGUCAGAAAAUGGUCAAAAAAUUGGUCAGAAUUUGGCCAAAAAUUGACCAAAAUUCACGAUUCGACCGAAUUUUGGUCAAUUUUUGACCAAAAAACGAAUUGGUGCAUUUUUUCUCAAAGUGUACUUACCGUAAAUCCAACACUGAUCACAAAAAACUGUGAAAUAAUAUUGUACUCUUCCCACUUCUCCUCCAAAUUUUGCAAUUUCUGAUUAAUUAUCAAAAAAUACCCGAAAACCAUUGAGAUGGAAACUAAAGGUACCCAAGAAUAAGAUUGAAUUGCUGCGCACAGAAAAAUCGCCGCAAGCCAAACCAAACUUCGCCAGAAGGUCUUCUCAAUGAUGAAAAGAUAGCGACGAUUUCCGAAUCGCCAAAAAUAUCUCGAAAUUAUCGAGUGCCCUAGGAAUAGCGCGGUUGAGAGCUUGCAGAAGGGCUCGGCGAUUUUGCGCAGAGCAAAAUGGAUAUAGGCCAAGCCGCCGGCGACAAAAACUAGGCCCAUAUUUUUCUCUUUAUAAUUUUCGGUCUCGCCUACGAUUGUCAAGAGAAUUCUCAAAAUAUUGCUCAGAACACUGAUCAGCGUGAAAAUUGCGGUUAAGAUGAGCAAUGUUUUUUGGAAUUUGUCGAUUUUUAGGCGGAGCAGAGUGGUUUUAUAAUAUUGAUGGUAGAGAAAUGUGUGAAGUGCGAAAGUUGUAUAGAUUAGGAUUUGGAGAAUUAUGAAGGCGAUUGUUGUAUAAGUUUCAGAAUUCAUUGAAAAUUUCAGAUUUUUCGCUGAAAAUAAAAAUAAUGUUGAAGUUUUAGGUUGAGCAAAAACAAAAUUUUUAAUUAUAUGUAAUUAAAUUUUUGAGCAACUACGGUAUUUUUGGGUAAUUAGGGGGUUUGGGAAGUUUAUUUUAACUCGAUUGGAAAUUUUGAAAAAUCUGAAAAUUUCUCUGAAAAUCUUAAAUUAUUGGAAACAUGAGAAAUUUUGAAAUUUGAAAAAAUGAAAAAAAUAGAGAAGGAAGUUUAUAUGAAAAUCUUUAAAUUCCAGCUUUUUUGGCAAAAAAUAUCUGAAAAAUCUGGAAAAUUGUCUGAAAUUAUUUUUUUUGGCCAAAAUUAUCUUGAAAUUUCAGUUUCAUUCUGAAAAUUUCAGCAUUAUCUGAGAAUUCAAGUUUUUUCUGGAAAAAAAGUUCAUGUUUCUGAAAAUUUAAUUUGAAAUUUUGAAAUUCAAAAAAAAUCUAAAAAGAUCUGGAAAUUCACUUGAAAUUUUUCUGGCAAAAAGUUUUUGAAAUUUAAAAUCUGGAAAACCACCAAAUUUAAGAAUUUCUAGUGAAAAUUUAUCCGAAAAAUCUGAAAUUUCACCUGAAAUUAAACCCCCCCCCCCCAAAAUCCCAUUUAAAAAAAUCAAAACAUAUUUCCAGCUCUACUCACUCACCACAUUUGCUCCGCUGCUCUUCAUUCUGUUAGCCGUUCGAUUGGACAAUGUUUUGGCACGGAGUUUUGGUGUUCUUAUGUCGGUGGUGUUUUUUGCGGGCGGAGUUUUGAUAAGGUGA